UUCUAUAUAUAGAUUCUGAUAGAUUGUAAUCUAGUCAUAUGAGUAAUUAUGAUAUUGAACAUCAAAGAGUUUUUAAGAAACUUUUAUCUAACAAGAGUACACUGGGCAGGGGGUAUCAGAUGUUCCUAAUUUACCUCCUGUGGUCGGAUGUGCAUUGUUUAUUAGGAUUAAUGUGGAUCUAUUGACUUUCUCUUUUUUUUUCUUGUGAUUUUCAUCAUUUUACGGAUGAUUGGGAGUUUUGUCAAGGAUGAUCAAUGGUAAUAAGUGAUUUUAUCAGAUCUGUUGGAAAACAAUUAGAGAUAGAUAGCUUGUGAGGCAUGGAUCAGUGAAAAUCAGUCAGUAUGGGAUACAUACUUUUCCAUAUGUUUGAGUAUAAGAAAACUUUUUAAAUGCACAUGGAUAUUAAAAAAGUAAAUAUUUAAAUACUCAGAGCAGUUUUUAGAAUUUAUUUUCUUUAUGAUACCUUUUGGAGUAGAUCAUUUCCACAGGAGACAUGGUUGUUGGAUUUAAAUUCUUUUGAUGAAAUUUCUAUCGAAGGAGGGUAUUCUAUUUCAUUUUGUUAGUGAUUGGCAGUUUAAAAACUAUGUAUAAAGGAAAGAAUAUUGAGAAAUUUUGAUUUAAAAUCUUCCUUGUAUGUACAUUCCAAAAAGGUGAGGAUCUUUGCUCCUUUUUACGUGUAAGCAUAAUGGUGAAAGAGGAUACCACUCAGUACCAUGAGAUACCUGUUAUACAGGUGGAGGGGAAAAAUAUUGACGACCCCCAAAAUGGCAUUCCUAUGAUUAAUGUUGUGACAGAGAAAAAAUGUUUUGAAGUGACUCCUGUGGUAGUGGAUUUAGAAUUUGAUGAGGAAAAACAACCUUUGAAUAUUAAAACGGAUAAAAAAGAUUCCACAGAUCAAAAUGGAGAAGAUGGUAACAGAAAUCGGGAUAAUGAACCACUGGCAAGUCAUGAUGAACUGGAAGGUCCUUAUGAGCAUCAGAUGGCUUUAUAUGAGGAUGAUUUGCAGGCCAGAGGUAAAAUCUCACAAAUCCUUAACAGGAUCGCCAAUUAUCAAGCUGGGAUUGAACCAAACAUGACAAAAGAAUACAGUGAUAAAGACAAACAGGACAAAAGCAAGGCCAAGCUUGGAACAUUGUUUGGAGUUUAUUUACCUACCAUACAGAAUAUAUUUGGUGUACUGCUGUUUAUACGUAUGACAUGGAUUGUUGGCAUGGCUGGACUAUUGGAGAGUCUUGGAAUUGUAGUUAUCUGUUGUUUAACAACCAUGUUAACAGCUAUAUCUAUGAGUGCCAUAGCCACUAAUGGUGUGGUUCCAGCUGGAGGAUCCUAUUUCAUGAUAUCCAGAGCUCUGGGUCCAGAGUUUGGUGGAGCUGUAGGGAUAUUGUUUUAUCUAGGGACCACUGUGGCAUCGUCUAUGUACAUUAUUGGUUCUGUAGAAAUUUUGUUGAAAUACAUGGCACCACAGAUAUCAUUAUUUGGUGAUGUGACUAUUGAAGCUAAUGCAUUAAGUAACUACCGAGUGUAUGGGACAAUGAUAUUAUUGUUACUAAGUGUGAUAGUGUUUAUUGGUGUCAAAUUUGUCAGUAAAUUUGCUUCCCUGUCUCUAGCUUGUGUGAUAUUAUCUAUAUUCUGUAUUUAUAUUGGAUUUUUUGUAUCAAAUGCAGACAACAGUGUGAGCAUAUGUUUUCUAGGAGAUAGACUUUUAACAUCGUCAGUGUCAUAUAUUAAUGAUUCUAUGUACUGUAAUAAGAACAAUGAUAGUAGAAUAUAUGCCAAAUAUUGUAAUUUACAAGGAAAUGUGACAGUUUGUGAUGAUUAUUUCAAUGAGCAUGAAACAAAUGUGAUGGCAGGUAUCCCUGGCAUAGCUAGUGGUGUUAUCAAAAACAAUUUGUUCAGUAGAUACACAAUGAAAGAUCGAGUGAUUGGUCAGGAAACCCACGGUAAUCGUCUGUAUGGAGAGGUUGUGGCAGAUAUUACUUCCAGUUUUAUGGUGCUGAUGGCCAUUUAUUUCCCUUCUGUUACUGGUAUUAUGGCUGGAUCCAACAGAUCAGGUGACUUAGCAGAUGCUUCACGUUCUAUUCCUGUAGGAACUAUUUGUGCCAUAAUAACUACUUCUUUUGUCUAUUUUACAAGUGUGAUAUUUUUUGCUGCCAUUAUAGAGGGAGACCUUAUGAGAGAUAAAUUUGGUGAAAGUAUAGAUUCUGGUUUGGUUGUAGCUAAGUUGUCUUGGCCAAAUGAAUGGGUGAUUCUGAUUGGUUCUUUCCUGUCUACUCUUGGAGCUGGUUUACAAAGUUUAACAGGUGCUCCAAGAUUGUUACAAGCCAUAGGGUGUGAUGGUGUACUGCCUUUCCUGAAUAUCUUCAGUGUAACCACAAAGAGGGGAGAACCAUUCAGAGCUCUAGUCAUGACUGUGUUGAUAUCAGAGAUAGGCAUAUGUAUAGCAAAUUUAGAUUAUGUUGCUCCAAUUAUUACAAUGUUUUUCCUGAUGUGUUACGGGUUUGUUAACAUGGCUUGUGCUUUACAGACAUUAUUGAGAACACCAAGCUGGAGACCUAGAUUCCAGUUUUAUCAUUGGACUCUAUCGUUACUAGGAUUGGCAUUGUGUAUAACAUUGAUGUUCAUCUCCAGUUGGUAUUAUGCAUUGACUGCCAUUGUUAUAGCAGCUUUAAUCUACAAAUAUAUAGAAUAUAAAGGGGCAGAGAAGGAAUGGGGAGAUGGUAUACGAGGUUUAGCUAUGUCUGCUGCUAGAUAUUCUCUGCUGAGGUUACAACAGGGACCACCACAUACUAAAAAUUGGAGACCACAGUUAUUAGUUUUGAUGAAAAUGGAUUCAGAUCUUACACCAAAAUAUCCAAAAAUGGUUAACUUUGCUAGUCAGUUAAAAGCUGGUAAAGGUCUAACUUUACUUACUUCAGUGUUACCAGGUGAAUUCAGUGAAAAGUAUGCUGAUGCCCAAGCAGCCAAACAGUCUUUAAAUAAAUUGAUAGAAACAACUGGUAUUAAAGGUUUUGCUGAUGUUGUUAUUGCUAAGGAUGUCACAGAUGGACUUUGUCAUUUAAUACAGAAUGCAGGUUUAGGUGGAUUACGUCAUAAUACAGUUAUGAUAGGGUGGCCCUAUGGUUGGAGACACAGUGGAGAAGAGAGAAGUCACAAAGUAUUUAUAGAUGCCAUAAAGAAUAUCAACGCUGGACAGAUGGCACUGUUAGCAGUAAAGGGAAUUAACCAGUUCCCUGAUCAAGGAGAGAAAUUAUCUGGUACAGUAGAUAUUUGGUGGAUUGUCCAUGAUGGAGGGAUGUUGAUGUUACUGCCAUUUUUAUUGAAGCAACACAGAACAUUUAAAAACUGUAAACUUAGAAUAUUUACUAUAGCUCAACUUGAGGAUAAUACAGUCCAGAUGAAGAAAGAUUUAGAAACAUUUAUGUAUCAGUUAAGAAUUAAUGCUGAAGUAGAAGUUGUGGAAAUGAGUAACAAUGAUAUAUCAGCCUAUACUUAUGAGAGAACAUUGAUGAUGGAACAAAGGUCAGAGAUGUUAAAGGUCAUCAGGAGAGGAUCAAGGUCAAGUAGUCUAGAGCCAUCAACUAUCUUAGAUUUUUCAUCUAUGAAGACUCCUUCCAAUUUAAAAGUGAAACUAGAAACAGUACAUGAAGAUGGUCCUUCAGAGAGUUCAACAGAUUCUAUAGAUAAAAACCAGUUCACAUUCACACCGUCAUCUCAAGCUAACUCUAAAGCCACAACACCAACCAAUCCUGCUAAUAACGAUCUACUAAAUAUUAAACCAGAUAAAAAGAAUGUGAGAAGAAUGCACACAGCUGUUAGAUUGAAUGAAGUAAUUAUAGAUAAAUCUCAUGAGGCACAGUUAGUCAUAUUGAAUCUCCCAGCUCCACCUAAAUCACAGGCUGGUGAACUCAACUAUAUGGAGUUUUUAGAGGUACUGACCGAAGGAAUUGACCGAGUACUAAUGGUCCGAGGAAGUGGACAUGAAGUCAUUACUAUCUAUUCUUAAGUUAAAGUGACGAUUUUAUGGUGCAAAGGUUACAUUGUUAUCAGUAUUUGUGUUGAGACUUAGUGCUGAGGAUUGAUAUUGUAAAAAUAUGCAGGAGAAGAAUGUCAUUUCUUUUUACAUAUUCCUAGACAUUAGUGCCUGACAUUUUACCAGUGUGAUGCAGCUUAGUUGAGCUUAAAACCAAAAUUAUAGAAUCUUUAAAUGUUAUAUUUGUUGCCAAGAAAUUGUGUUCAUCUUUGUCUCAUACCAUGUACCUUAUAUCAGGUUAUUUUUGCGUCAGGUUUUGACGUGGUUUGGACCAUAAAUAAGGCAGUUAAAUCUUCACUUUGGUCACUUUUCAUGGCCUUGUGCAUUGGACUGUUUGCUGUAAAAUAUCUACAACGCUAAAAUUUCCUGAUAAACGGCAGUUUAGCUUAGUUUUCAUAUCACAUACAUGCAUGUGUGCUAGACUUGUGGUGUAGUUUUGAAUGGCUGCAUGGAUGAGAAUGUACUUUUAUUAUUUUUUUUAAUUUUACAUAUAUAUGUAGAAAUUUGUAUUUAAAAUACAAGUGUACAUUUUUCACAUUAAUAAAACAUGUGAAGCUAUUAGUGUAUACACUCAAAUAACAUAAGUCUGUGCACUUCAGAGUCAGCAUUUUACAUUGAAUGUCAAAGUGAUUCACUCGUUUUAGAUGUGCACAGACUUGUAAUACUUCAUUGUACUAGAGAGCUUAGGAAUCUAAAAUUAGAGUUUUAGAUAAAGUAUUUUUAUAGACAAAGUCUUAUUUUGGUGAUAAUUGUAUGGAGUAUAAAAUCUUAUAUACUUUUAAUGCUUUUUUCAUAAAUUAGUAACUUUCAGUACAUGUUUAUUUUGUUAAAAAUGUGUGUCAGCAUGUUUUAUUUUGUUACGCAUGAGUGUCUGCAGAAUGGAAUAAGAGUUCAUGUUUUAGGACAAAAUAAAACAAUUAAUUUUACAUUUUUUAUUGCACAGUUCCAAUUUAAAUAGAAUCAUUUAUGUUUAAAGGUUACUAAAAUGGCAUAUUUUGGUGAUUAAUUGUCCCAGUUAGUGUAAUAUUUUACCUCAAGCAGCAAUAAUUUCAAAUGAUUGCAUUGGUUCUUUCCAUUAAGCAAAGCAUUCUUUGAUAGUAAUCAUUUCAUGAGCAAUAUCAUUAAUGAGAAAUUAAGGUACAGUGUGACUGACCAUGCAGUUUUAAUGAUAAUUUUUCAGAUUGGUUUAUCAUAUGGUAAAAAUUUAAUAGGAAAAACAUGAAAGAUUAAGGAAGAAUUACUAAUAUGUUGAUGGUGUCAGUGUUAUAGAUUAACAUUGUUUUUUGUGUAAUAAAUGUUCAUUCAAAGUGUAUUUUAAUGCCAAAUGAAACCAACUUCGUAUUAACCAAAUACAAAGGGCUUUAGUCAACAAACCAGUCAUACAUUUUUGACUUUAUUGUUUUAGUUCAGUUGCUGUAUAAUCAGAAUUAACUGAUUUUGUGUUGCUAGAUGAAAAUGGCUUUUUUUUAACACCUGAAUUGUGUGAAUGAAGUGAAAGUUUUGAAAUAGCUUACAGCUUCCCUCACAUUUGUCACAAAGCUUUGUCUUAAGUUAUUACAAAGAAUUAUUUGUCUCCUAUUAUUAUGUAUGGAAUGUAAUUAUAUUUUUAUACUAUGUGCACACAUUAUCUGUGAUGUUUGUUUUGUUGGCUGUGAAUACAUAUAUGUAUUAAUAUUUGGUUAGAUGUUUGCACUUAUACUUGGUAUGUUCUUUGUUAGUCUGCUUUUAACUAGUCUAGAUUUUACACAUGAAGUUUAUAUACAGGGGGCAUAGUUCAAGAGUUUAUAUAAGGGAUAGCUUAUUACAAGAAAUUAUAUUUUAUUUAUAUUUAUUAAAGACCAAUCUUGAGGUUUUCUUAUGAAUGAGUUACAUGGGUUGACCCUAGGUCAAUCGAUGUAAAUGACAUCAUUGACCAAUCGGUUCUUACUGUGACGUAAUAACAUAAGCAUUGUGACAUAGGAAAAUGCACAAACUUGAAAGUCAUCUAUUACACUUCAAUCAUUGUUUGUUUUUAUGUCAAAACACAAUAUCAUGAAUUCAGAUAACCUUCCAGUAACAAAUUAUUUUCAUAGAAAGGAGGAUAUGUAUUAUAUGUUCCUUGCAAUUUUGUAAAGAUAUGCUCUAUACAAUUGGUGCAACUGUGAUUUAAUUCACGGUAAUUGAGCAACUUUCCAGUUGUUUCAUGUGUCUUUGCUGUGGAUGUAAGAAGUUCACAGCAUAGUUUAAAAAAUAGUAUCACAAGUAUAUCACACUUUUAUAACCUAUAAUAAUCUUCAUACAUGUAUCUAUAACAUAGAAUUGUUCUCCAUAUUUGACAUGGUUUACUGGAGACAACAAGUAAAUGUCUUACAACUGAUUUUUAUACGACCGCAAAAAUUAAAAAUUUUUUGGUCGUAUAUUGGUAUGACGUUGGCGUCGUCGUCGUCGUCGUCGUCGUCGUCCGAAGACACAUUGGUUUUCGCACUCUAACUUUAGUUUAAGUGAAUGGAUCUCCAUAAAAUUUUACCAUAAGGUUCAAUACCACGAAAGGAAGGUUGGGAUUGAUUUUGGGGGUUAUGGUACCAACAGUUAAGGAAUUAGGGGCCAAAAAGGGGCCAAAAAUAAGCAUUUUUGUAACUUCCAGACAAUAACUUGUGUGUAAGUGUAUGGAUCUCUCUGACAUUGUACCACAAGGUUCUAUAUCACAAAGGGAAGGCUGUAAUUGAUUUUGGGGGUAAUUGCCUCAAAAUUUUAGGAAUUAGGGGCCAAAAAAGGGGCAAAAAACAAGCAUUUUUCUAGUUUCAUGACAAUAACUUGUGUGUAAGUGUUUGGAUAUUUCUGAUAUUGUACUACAAGGUUCCAUAUCACAAAGGGAAAGCUGGAAUUGAGUUUGGGGGUAAUUGCCCGAAACGUUUAGGAAUUGGGGGCCAAAAAGGGGCCAAAAAUAAGCAUUUUUCUAGUUUCCAGACAAUAACUUGUGUUCAAGUGUAUGGAUUUCUCUGAAAUUGUACUGCAAGGUACCAUACCACAAAGGGAAGGCUGGGAUUGAGUUUGGGGGUGAUGAAUCAUAAGGGGGUUCAA